AUGAGGAAGCAUUCCGCAGGUAAAGACCAUCAACCCCCAAGCCCGAGUCUAGGCCCGCAUCUCCAACCCAAAAUCCAAACAGCCCACCAAGUACCCUUAGGCACCGAGAAGGAUGUUAUACUAAGCCUCUGGAACCUCAGGAACCGUCUCCCAUCCCUUUACUCCGAUUUCACUCCCCAGAAGAAAACAAAUCCAGACGGGUACGCGGUCAACGUCGCCGCAUGGGAACAAGCACUUAACAGAGCCGCAAAGCGCGGCUACACUUCAUCCCGCGGAGUCCGCGUACGCUCCGGAUCAAACCUCUCAGCGACGAAAGGUUCAUCAGCACAGCGCAAGAAGACAGACCACCUCAUUCUAAGAACGGAUGAGUCCUUACUAAGGGAUCUGGAAAGUGCAGAGUGGGGGAGGCCUGUUGCGCUAGGCACUGUCUUCGACGAGGCGAUUCGCAAGCGCACUAUGAUCCCUUUGGCUGUUUACAUGGCUACUGCUGGGCUUUUGCAGAAGAGUCAGUGGAGGGUAAUUGAUCCUGGUGUUUUGAGUCCGUGGAAUGUCAUGAGUUGGGGUGUUAGGCAGCUUAAGGGGUUUGUUGUUGGGUCUGAGAGUGAUUCUGCGCCGAGGUUGCAGGCCCAGGAGUUGGUUUUGGUGGAGAAUUUACAGGAGACUGCGGACUUGGCUGUGAAGAAGGCUACUGGUGGUAAUUCCUCCAAGUUGGAUUUGAUAUACUCUAGAGACAGCUUUGUUGAGGAGUUCGCGGGCAUGUUGAAUGAUGCUACAGAUUUAUCAGAUGCUGAUUUUGACGUUUUAUUGCUCUAUUUGUCCCGCGACAGCGGUGCUAUUGCAUAUGAUGGCAAGCUACUGAUGAGUGGGCAGACAAUCAAGUUCAAAUCCGCGGGCGAGGCGCCAGAGAUCACACAGCAGGACACGACCAUUGCGUCUAUCAAGAGUUUGGUUGCCACUAUGUCGAAACAAGUCACGACUUUGGAGGCGAAGGUCGCUGAGCUGAAUACAUCUGCAAAGACGGCGCUUGCAAACAAGAACCGCGUUUCGGCGCUAGCUGCUGUGCGGUCAAAGAAGAUGGCAGAGCAGAACCUCAAGCAGAGACUUGACACUCUUAUGCAGCUUGAAGAGGUCUAUACCAAGAUCGAACAAGCUACCAGUCAGAUCGAGAUUGUGCAGGUCAUGCAGGCAAGUACUGGUGUCCUCCGUGGUCUUCACACACAGAUUGGUGGCGCCGAGAAGGUUGAAGAUAUCGUUGAGGAGUUACGUGAGGAGAUGACCAAGGUGGAUGAGGUCGGCAGCAUCAUGAACGAGGCCGGUCCGGUCAUUGAUGAGGGAGAGAUUGAUGAGGAGCUUGAAGCCCUAGAGAAGGCUGACAGGGAAGUACAGGAGAGGGAAGAAGCAGUAGCCACGGAGAAGAGACUGGCCGAGCUGGACAGUGCCAAGCAAGCCUCCGAUGAAGCUGCCCGGAAAGCACAGGCGUCCAAGAAACUGGAGUCUGAGCUUGCGGGCAGCAUUGAGAGGCUUUCCAAUAUGUCUGUUGAAGAUCGCCCGAUGCCAGCGAAAUAA